AUGCACGACUUGGCCGGACCCUGGAAGAUAGCUUUACCGACCGUUUUGCAGUUUUUGGCAGCGAGCCAUUGUAGCGCUAUCAGGACAUUCGGCACGAGGUGGCACGAAGGACUUGCAAAAGUAAUGAAAUGGAGACUUAUUGGCUUUCUCCUUCUCAACACUCUUGGCACAGUGAUCAGUCAUUGUUCGCCGAUGGAUAGAAAGAUUAUAGCUCAUCCGUGUCAUGCCGUAAAACCUUGUGUCAAUUAUUGUAAAAAGAAGAAAUGUCGUCCUGGUGUCUGCAUAAAAAAAACCCCUGUAAAUAAUGAACAAUGAAAUGAUACUGGGUGUUUCGUCCUUCUUGAUCUUUACAAG